UAAAGGCGCGGCCGGUCGCGGGCGCAGCUGGAGGGGCGCGGGCUCCGAGGGCACCAUGAGACCCGAGGCAGCGGCCAGAGCCCGGGAGGCGCGGGGACGCGUCUGUCACUGCCCCGGGGACGGCCCACGGGGACCACCGCCGCCGCGCGGGCCCGAGAGCCAAACACCGUGGAGACCUUGGAUCCUGACCUCCCAGGAUGCUGACCCCACCAGAACUGGAAGCCAGCUUGAGCCUGGGUGUGACCAACAAACCUUUGGAUCAAAGGGGGCCUUUGGAUUUCAGCAUCCUGUAAGACUUUAUUUACCCAUUUCUAAGCGUCAAGAGUAUCUGCAGAGUUCCGGGGAGAAGGUGCUGGCCAGCUUCCCCGUGCAAGCCACCAUUCACUUCUACAACGAUGAGUCCAAUUCAGAUGAGGAGCAGGACCAAGAAGUCCAGCCCUUCGACCUUCAGUGCCAGGAGGCGCAAGACGGCCCAGGAGGAAAGGGCAGAGGCCAGCUGACAAAUCCAGGAUGGCACCCCGGCGGCUGCGGUGGCCUCGGUGGUAAGGGUCCGCUCCCCUACCCUGACUCUUCGGAGGACGCUGGGAGCUUCUCAUUCAAGUAGCCUGUCUCUCCUGCACCAGACCCACCUCACAUGUGCCCUGGGGACAGCCCCUGGGGACAGCCGCUCCAGGACACUUUGCGUCUCAGCUGGGUGUACAAGGACUUGACUUUCUCUGGCCAGCACCCCACUCGUGGCAAGGACUCCGCUUUUACUCAUCCUUCCAGACAUUCUCUGUGCCUCAUUUGUACCUUCGAGAAAGAAUUCCAGGUCCAAGAGGUUUGCAUCCACAUGGGUUAUCAGGCAGGGCCAACUUUCAAAGCACGUUCAGCAAUGUCACUGCGCUGAUCAAGCGACAAAUGAUUCCAUAGCGAUUAAUAACCCACCCUCGCCUCUCACUUAACCUGAGACCCUUUAUUUGGCUAUUUCCACUUUUGUAAAAAUGAUUCAGGUAUUGUCUGAGGUUGAUGUGGUUGCUUAGUGACAUUCUGAAAAAAAAGUUUAUUUAUAAAAAACACACAAACACACUGAAUAAUUUCCAUAAAAGUAACAAAAAUAAAAAGAUAAGGAUCUGGGGGGGGGACCAUUCUGGAUAAAAACAUGUAUGGUGCUUGUCUAAGCACUGUGUGUAUGAAUAGAGAGAGGAGCUUUAACUCUUAGCUGGGGACCGCUUUGGGCUCGUUACUUGACUAGAGUAACACUGUUUUCAAUCGAAGUACCUAAUGUAAUGUUAUUUUCGGCUUUUUAUAUUUUGAUGACCAAACGAGUGUAUUUGUCAAGGUUUUUUACUUAACUAUUUUGCAUGUUGUUUUCUUCCCAGUUUCUACUUGAAAUAAAUAUUU